UAGCAACCGGAUGCAGAAGCCAUGGCACUCCUGACACCCCAGGGAGUGAAAAAAGUCUUCCAAUUUCAGAAAGCAGAAGGUCGGGAGCGCCUACGGAGACUGCUGAACUGGGAAGAGUUUGACGAGCUCAGAGACUCCCGCAGAAGCAUCCUGCUGGACACCCUCUACGAAAGUAUCAUCUUCGCUGUGGGCAAAGGCUUCCCCUGGGUAGAGGUGGCCCGGGUGGCCAAGUUCACAGAAGAGCUGCUCAAGGAAACCAGAGGCUGCUCCGUCACCGAGGCAGUGGCCAUCCUGGGGAGCAAGCUCCGAGGUCACCAGGGGCAGUUGAACGCCACCCACCUGCUGGCCCAGUGCGACUACUUCCACAACACGUUCAUCCGCCACUACAAACUCUACCAGUACGUCCUGGGCCAGGACCAGGACGUCAACCUGACCGUCACUCACCUGGAGGUGUGUGUGCCGCCCCAGCCCCUCCCGCUGGCUGCGGGCAAGGACCAGGCCGUCUGGAUGCACGAGCAGCAGGUGCUGGAGCUCCGCGCGGCCGAGGUGCAGAAGCGGGCCUGCUUGCUGCAGCUGAAGGAGGCCCUGCAACUAGAGCAGAAGCAUCUGUUGCAGGAGAUGCUCCCGGAGCCGCGAGGGCGGCAGCACCAGGUCCUGAAGAGAGAGGAGCUAGAAAAUCUCAUCAACGAGGCCAUUCACAUCCAGACUGAACGCCUGGAGGAGCUGCUGCAGUGUGAGAUACAGAUAACCUUUGAUAUUUUGGACCUGAAACUACAGAAGAAGACUCUAAACCUCCACGCUCCUACCCCUUCCCUGCUCCCCGUCACGGGCCAGUCAGGCCAAGAUGAAGCUCUUAAGUUGUACAAAGCAAACAAAGGAAGGAAAGCAAAAGCAAAGAAGUAGAAGGCCCUGGUGACCAUGGUCUGAAGACCCUGAUGGAGGAAGAGCCACUGACAGAUAGAAAAGGAUUCUGUGGUAUGCUCAGCACCCAAUAGAUCAGAGGUUUCUAGCAAUUAAAAGAAA